AUGCAUAGCAAAGAACAGAUCAGUCACGAUGAAUACCAACAGUCUGCUGACUGGCUGAAGUCGCAGACCCGCCAUCGCCCCCAGGUGGCCAUCAUCUGCGGGUCGGGUUUAGGGAUGCUGGCUGACGCCCUCAAGUGCCAGGAUUCCUUCCCGUACGCCGAUAUUCCGGGUUUCCCGCAAAGCACGGUUCAAGGUCAUGCCGGACGGCUGGUUUUUGGCGAACUGAAGGGGAAAACCUGCGUGUGCAUGCAGGGCCGCUUCCACAUGUAUGAAGGACACUCACUAUGCAAGACCACUUUUCCAGUGCGGGUCUUCAAGCUCCUAGGCGUGGAGACCUUAAUAGUGACCAACGCCGCCGGCUCAUUGGCGGACGGCUUGCAACCCGGUGACAUCAUGAUCAUCAAGGAUCACAUCAACUUCCCUGGCCUGAUGGGUCUGAACCCUCUAAACGGACCUAAUGACGAAAAGUUCGGGCCACGUUUCCCAGCCACGUCUGGGUGCUACGACAAAGGGUUGCGUUCCCUUGCUAUGGAAAUUGCAAAGCAGAUUGGCGUGGCCAACCACACGCAGGAGGGCGUGUACGCCAUGGUGGGCGGGCCCACUUUUGAAUCCAUCGCGGAGGCCAGGCUGCUGCAUCGACUGGGCGUGGAUGCUGUCGGCAUGAGUACGGCCCCUGAGGUAGUCAUUGCGACCCACUGCGGUUUAAGGGUCUUUGGCCUCUCUCUCAUCACCAAUAAGGUGGUCAAGAGCUACGAAGACACCGAAAGUGUGGACCACGAGGGCGUUCUCGAGGUGGGUCGGCAACGCUCACAUACACUGCAGCAGCUCGUUACCGAACUGGUCGCCAAGAUGGAAAUCAACAAUAACAUCAGCAGCAUCGAGAAUAACAGUCUUUAAGAGGAGACACUUUUUCCAAUUGUGUUAUGUACAGAUAUGACAUUUUACAGGUGCUUCUUUUUGUAAUCAGCCUUUAUGUUAUUUAAACAAAAAUAUUUAUAGAAUUUAAUGUGGUGCUUUUAUGUAAGUUGAUUUAAAAUGUAUUAUUUAUCUCAUUGCUAUUGCUAUUACAGUAGUAUGGUAAACCUAAAUAUCUGAGUUAUUGUUUUGUACGUGAGUCAUUUUUGUUGUAGGUCGACAUUGGGAUGUAACAAAGUGGACACUAACUGAGGGGGACAUUUUGUGCUAAAGUUAGUCCUCAGCCUAGCUUUGCUAGCAUAAAGCUAACAUGACUGUGGAUACUUGAUGAUAAGUCUGUCAUUUUACAAAUAAACCAUUUGAAAUGAUUCAGAUCAAUUCAUUUCUUUGAUAGGUUUAACAGAGU